AUGCCCGGCAUAUCACCUGAUGUCAUCAACCACAAGCUCAGCAUCUCCACCGCCCAUAAACCGGUAAGGCAGAAGCGCCGAUCGUAUGAUGCCGAACGGUACGAGGCUAUGCGUACUGAGGUCGACAAGCUCAAAGCCAUCGGCUUUAUCAGGGAAGCUACGUACCUUGUCUGGCUUGCCAACUCAGUCAUGGUCGUUGACGUCACCGCUGAACACGAUCUGCUCAGCUUCAUGGACACCUAUUUAGGGUACAACCAGAUCUUCAUGGACCCUGCCGAUAGAGAGCAUACGGCAUUCAACACGGACCGCGGUUUGUAUUGUUACAACGUCAUGCAAGGCUCUUCAGAGUGCAGAACUUCGGUACCCACCCUUAGAGUAGCUAGCACUAGCCCUGGUCGCCUCGGCGCGAAGGCUUCGCCCAUACUUCCAAGCGCACGAGAUCACUGUUCUGACAAACCAGCCCCUUUGGCAGGUACUCCAAAAGCCAGAUACGUCGGGCCAAUUGGUCAAAUGGGCAAUCGAGUUGGGAGAAUUUGA